AUGCAGGAAACCGCCGAGCACAAGGCAACCAUGGAGGCUGAGAUCGAGGUUGCCCACAGUGAAGGCCACGAUCUCCCAACAAAGGGAUAUGAAGAUCCUCAUAAAGCUGCGCUUGAGGACAAUCCCGAGCACGCUGAGAGGCUCAGUCUCUCUGUCAUUCUUUCAGCUCUUUUCUUGGGCACCUCUUUCACGGGACCCAUCAUCUUCGGCUUCAUCCUCGCCACCCCCAUAUUGGUACAAUUGAGUCAGAAGCUGGGUGGUGAAACCAUCGACUUUUGGAUCCCUUCUGGCUGGGGUGCCGCCGCGGCUGUCGGUUUUUCCAUUGCAGGAAGACUGUCAGAUAUCUUCGGUCGUCGAUAUGUCAUCCUUGUCGGUCAGCUUCUCACAGUCAUUGGUGGCGCAGUCGCAUGCAGCGCACAGACAAUGAAUCAACUCAUCGCCGGCGAAGUGAUCCUCGGUGGUUCCAUCGGAACAGUCUCGGUCGCCUAUGCUGGCAUCUCUGAAAUUUUGCCCAACAAAUACCGUGGUGUUGGCCUCGCCUGGACAGAACUCAACCUUGCAAGUUGGGCGGUUGCUGGGACACUUCUGGCCAACGCCCUUCUCUCCCACGCCAGUUGGCGGGUCAUGUAUUAUAUCGCGAUGGGAUACGGUGGUUUCUCGCUUGUCGGCACAUUCCUCGUGUACUUCCCGCCCAGCCAUCCGCGCCCUGAUGGCUUGACCAAAUGGCAGGAAUUCAAGCAACUCGACUUCAUCGGCACCGCCCUCUUUGUCUCUGGCCUUGCUGUCUUCCUGUAUGGCUUGAACUCCGGUGGAAGCACCUAUCCCUGGUCAGCUGCGGGAACCUUGGCUCCAUUGAUCCUCGGUCUGUUUGUCUUCCUGGGAUCUUUCGUGUACGACUUCACCCUGGCCAAAGAUCCUUUGUUCCCGUGGUAUUUAUUCAAGAGUUUCCGGUCAUUCUCGUCACUGCUCAUGCUUGUCUUCGUGGCGGGCAUGGUGUUCUUUGCGGCCUCUGCGCUCAACGCGCAAACAAUCCUCUACCUGUACACCGCCGACCCGAUCAAGAUUGGUGUAUACUCCAUCCCUUCUGGCGCCGGUCAGCUUGUCGGAGGUGUUAUCAUUCCUGGCCUCGUUCACUAUAUCAAGCACGUCCACAUCCAGCUCACCUUUUCCGUCUUCAUGCAAACCCUCUUUUUUGGACUGGCAGCACUCAUCACUCCCCACAACAUCAACUGGGUCAUGGCCGUGCAGUUCCUUGCCAUGCUUCCAUUCGGGUGGAUCACCCUCAACUGCUACACAACAGCCUCGCUCCACGUUCCCCAGCGAGACCUGGGAGUCGCCAUCGGACUGAUUGGUACCUUUCGGUCACUCGGAGGAGCAGUUGGUUCCGUCAUCUUCUCGUCCAUUUUCAAUCAGAUCUCGGCCAAGCAAGUCCCCCACCGUAUCUCGGAGGUUGCUCUGGCGGCCAAUGUGUCGACCAAGACUCUCCCAGACUUGAUUGAAGCAGUUUCGUUGACGCUGGUUGGCGUUCCCGACCAGGCUGCAACCGUGCCCAGCGUGUCGGCAGCGGUCUUCUCCAAGUGCAUCGAGGCAGCCCGGCUAGGAUAUGCUUACGGGUUCCGUAUCACUUGGUUGUCAUCAAUACCUUUCGGUGUUAUUGCCAUGCUUUGCGCAGUGGCUGUUCAUGAUCCUUCCAAGUACUUCACGAACCACGUUGAGAUUCACCUCGAGAAGGAGAUUGGUGGGCGACAGGCCAAGGAGACAAAGGAGGUUGAGGUGGAGCAAUCAUAG